ACUACGCGAAUUUAGACGUGCUUUGCGCUGAUACGGCGGCGUGCGCGCUUACAACUGUAAAUCACUGUGAAUACAUUACAAAUAAUUACAGAAUCUCCACUGAUUGCUUUAAACAAAUACUAGUCGAACAAAAGAAUUUAUUUUAAUUUACGCAUUUCAGUUUCACGAAUUUUAACUAACGGUAGUGCUGCUCGGUUUUAAGUGUUCAGUGAAGCUUCAGUGAUUUUAUGGCAAAGUUCGGAAAUAUGAAAUAGGUGAGCAACGAAAGGAAGUGCAAGAAAACUUAAAAUAAACACUUGCGCGCAAAUGGCAGCUCUGGCGUAUGUGGGGCUCACAGCCCCACAGCGACACCCACAGCAGUACAAUGACAUCGACAACCAUGUAUUUGUCUGCAGCGGCAAGAGACGCGAUGCCCGCAGCUCUUCAUAACGGCAUUUGUUGAAAAUCCAAAAGAAAGGUCAUGCCGAAAACUUUAACACAUCUGGUUAACCUCAUGAUUCCCCUAAAAACGCAACAGUUACAAAAUAAAUUCGAUACAAAGAAGUGAAGCGCAAAAAAGUGGAAAGAUUCGUCGCAACAACAACGACGCGCAUCGACAGUCUAGCAAAUAUGACAAAACAUAAAGAUGCGCACGACUACGUUUUCAUUGCGGACGGCAGCGGAGGCAGCAGCAGCGCGUACGUAUUUUCGGCCAGCAUCAACCCCGGGCAGCUUUCCACUGGCAACAACAACAAUAACAACCACAAGAGUAGCAAUAGUAGAAACCGCACCUACAGACGCACACCCAUCGGAGGCGCGCCCACAAAGAGGCCGACAACAGCGCCAGCAACAACACCGCCACCGUCAACACAUAACAUGCUUCCAUUUAGCUUCCAACAACAGCAACAACAAUACGAAGGGCAACAAGAAAACAGCCUGCAGCAGCGAAUGGCUACGAAGGCACUCAACGUCACCACGACCACUGCCACAGCCGUGGCGGCGACGACAGCCGCCAUAAUAGGAUACGGCCUCAGCACGGUGGGCCAUGCAGAGCAUAACGCAUUGGGGAGCAGCAGCGCAGGCAGUAGCAAUCAUAAUUUGCAGCAAUUGCCGCGACAACAACAUCAACAUCUCCAUCGUCAUCAGAAUAGUCUCGCUGCCGCCGCCUCCUUCGCCACGUCGCCGCUCAGCGCCACCCUCACCACAACUGCCACCACAGUGCUGACCGCUACCAAGGCGGCCGCCACGGCGACAGCAACAACGGCUGCGGAGAACCUAUUCAGCGGCGUCGCGGUCGGCCUCGGCGCGAUGCUAAUCAACGACACACUGCUGCUAGACACCAGUGGGAACGGCACGAGCGUGCUCUUCGGCGACGACGACGACGCGAACGGAAGUGACCUUAUGCUGAAUGGCAGCAUGGUGAAUCUCACCAGUGGCAAUGCGACUGCGAGCGACGAGGACUUCGGCGAGCUGCUGCGGAUGGGCAGCACGUCGGUGGUGCUGGGCCUUCUGAUUCUCAUCACAAUAAUUGGAAACGUUUUUGUAAUCGCUGCCAUAAUAUUGGAACGUAACUUGCAGAAUGUUGCCAAUUAUUUGGUGGCAUCAUUGGCCGUCGCUGAUUUAUUUGUUGCCUGUCUGGUGAUGCCGCUGGGCGCCGUCUAUGAGAUAAGCCAAGGCUGGAUACUUGGACCGGAGCUGUGCGACAUCUGGACGUCGUGCGAUGUACUCUGCUGUACAGCUUCCAUAUUGCACUUGGUCGCCAUCGCGCUCGAUAGAUAUUGGGCGGUGACUAACAUCGAUUACAUUCACUCGCGCACCAGCAAUCGUGUCUUUCUUAUGAUCAUCUCAGUGUGGUCGGCGGCAGUUAUAGUGUCGUUGGCGCCACAAUUCGGCUGGAAGGAUCCCGAUUACUUGCAGCGGAUAGAACAACAAAAAUGUAUGGUUUCACAAGAUGUCUCAUAUCAGGUCUUCGCCACAUGCUGCACUUUCUACGUGCCGUUACUGGUCAUUUUGGCGCUCUACUGGAAAAUCUACCAGACGGCACGUAAGCGCAUACACCGGCGGCGGCCGCGGCCAAUCGAUGUGACCGGCAAUAAUAAUCAGCCUGACCUGGCUGUGCAGAAGAAACGCAAUCGUCUUCGAUUGCGUAUCGGAAAAUUUGGGACAGCUCACGCCGGCACAACUGCCGGCCAAACGACGCUCGGACUGGUCGAGGGCAACUCAACCAACACGGUGAAUACCGUCGAGGACACCGAAUUCAGCAGCAGCAAUGUCGACAGUAAGAGUCGCGCGGGUGUCGAAACGACCACGAUGUUCAGCAAUAAUCCCGAAGAGAUUCCGACCACUUCGACAAGCCAAAUAUCGACUGUAUCCCACCUGGUAGCAUUAGCUAAUCAACAGCAUACAGCAUCCAAAACGACCUCAACAGUACAACAGCAACAACAACCACAUAAAGAUAGUUGUAGCAAUAUAAAUACAAUAACAACAGCGGCAAUUUCGGAAACAGCAUUAACACCAACAUUAGAAAACAAUAAGUUACCUGCCGCAACAACAACAACUAAAGUAUGUAUAGUAGCCCCGAACGACAGUAACGGCAUUAGCUCAACACCGCGCACCGCAGCAAAUGGCGGCACACCCACAGCCACGGUUGCCAACGGCGCUGCGGAGGUGCUCGAAGACCCUCAGCUCCAGCAGCAGUUGCAACAAGUGCAGCAGCAUGCUGAAAUCGCGACACCAUCCGUAGGCAGCAAGACAGCACCACCGGCUGCAUGUGCCUCUAAUGCCACCACAAUCACUUCCAUAUCGGCGUUAUCGCCACAAACUCCAACUACCGCCAUAACCGCAAGUAGUGACGCCGACGAACAUUUGCAUCCAUUGGCACCCGCCGCAACGCCGCUGGCGGCUCCUUCCUCCUGCCAACUGACGCCCACACCCAAACUGAAGCAUCCGCAGCCAUUAUCCAGCAUAGCGAAUCCCGUGCACAAGGUGACCAAACGCAAGGAGACGCUGGAGGCGAAACGUGAGCGCAAAGCGGCCAAAACGUUGGCGAUCAUCACCGGUGCCUUCGUUAUCUGUUGGCUGCCAUUCUUCGUGAUGGCACUGCUUCUGCCGCUGUGCGAGACUUGCGAGAUUAACGACGGACUCGCGUCGGUGUUCCUUUGGCUCGGUUACUUCAACUCAACGCUGAACCCUGUGAUCUACACAAUAUUCAGUCCGGAGUUCCGACAGGCCUUCAAACGCAUCCUCUUCGGCGGCCAUCGUCCGGUACACUAUCGCAGUGGAAAGAUUUAAGGCGCACCGGCCGAGUUGGCGUAUGUACAGUUAACACACAUAGAAACAGCAAUGGCAGUAAAUUUAGCAGCUUCUGCAAAGGAACCUAACCAAAAAGAGAACGCUAAGCACGAGUCCAGAGUCGCUGGAGUGAAAUGUAUAAGAUCCAACACCAAACACUGAUUAUUAGAGAUGUAGAGUUGUCUGAGAGAUGUAGGAAAUUGUAUUAUCAUAUCAUUGAGCGUUGAGGUCAUACCGAUAACCGUAAAAUUCCACGGAAGCCAAAUUCCAACAGCUCAGAACGCAGAAAGACGCUCACGGCUGCACGGCAUGAAACGCUCUCCGCUAUGAAUCCAUGCGUUAUAAAUAACUGACCAGUCAUGUAGUUAGGCACAAGCCAAUCUACCUGACAGCAUACAUCAUAAUCCUCUAGUUAACUUCAUUAAUAGUUAUAUAAUAAUUACGAAUUUCAUCGUAAAUAGGCUACUGUAAAGAAACUGUUUUUCUAAUAUACAUACAUAUAAUAUAACUGUUGAUUAAGUGUUGCAUACAAUUUGUUUGACAUGGAAUAAGACGCAUGCCUACUUGUAAGAUAUGUAAACAAAAAACAAAAAAACAACAACAAUAAUUGAAAACUUAAAUAAAUGCAGAUCAAAAACGAAAAUAACUAACAUACAUACAAACAGACAUAAAUUUGUUCAAUACUACUCGUAAAUAGUUGUAUAGUUACUAAGCAGUUAAAUAGAUUUGCAUACUCGUACACACACACACACACACACACAUACAUACAUAAAUGCAUAAAUGCAUAGCUAUGUACCGUAUGUAGGUAUUUAUAUAUAUAUGAAUUGUUGACUUGAAUAUUAAGCUAAGAUGUUAGUGUAAAGGAAACACAAUUAAACUAAGUGUUGUCACUGUACAGUCCAAGUAAAACUCGCUUAGCAUAGCAUAGCAUAAACACUAGUAUUUGUAAGAGUUAAACAUAUGUGGUGUUGCUAGACAUUAAAUAAAAAAAAAAACAACAACAAAAAGUGAAUAGUAUUAAAAGCCCCAAAUAAUAAAUAUGCAGAAAAUGGAUUUCUUUAAAUAUUUGCAUAACCUAACCAAAAAUUAAAUGUAUGUACACAAUAAUCUCAAGUUAAUAGCAUUAAUCAAAUCAAACGUUAGCUAAUUACUCAAGUGUAAUUUUUCGGGAAAAAUGGGUAAAAUAUAGUUAAAUAACACUAGGCGAGCAAAAAUUGUGAAAAUGUAUAAAAUAAAUAUAAAAUAUUAUAUAUAAAAUAACUAACUAACACACACAGACAAACAUAUUUGCAUACUCUUAUUACUAUUCUAUGUAGUUAAACUACUUGUAAAUGCAUACUUAAUACAAUUGAGGUUAGUUAUCCUUAGGGAAUGACAUCAUAAACUCGUACCCCAUGUACAUAUAUACAUACAUACAUACACAUAAGUAAUACUGCUGCUGCUGGUCCUCGGUGUAGUGCCAAUGUAUUAAUAAUGCAGUUCAAUCAAAAACAAAAAAAAAUACUCAAAACGGCUGAGGAAGCAAAGAAAAUUCAAGAAAAUCAAAAUACAUUAGCUCAAUUUCAU